CACUGCACUGGGAUUCGUGUGAGAUUCUUUCAUGUGUCGGAGAUCACCACCGGCAUCACACUGCAGCUGAAAGUCCGCUUUCGACCGCCUUUGAUACGCCCAAAUCCUCCAAAGACUCCACGUAUCUCACACAUCCUGCGUGCGCCCUGAAAGGGUUCAUGUCCCACCCACGGCCCGCAACUCUUUCAGCUGUAUACCGGAACUCUCUCUCGCGAUCUUCUCAACCCUUCCCACCGGACUGUCGCAUGAUCAGCCUUCACCACGAUGGAGAAGUACGGGCAAUACAGGGAUAAGGGCUCCGGCAUAGCGCCAUUCUUCCCUAUCGCCCCGCCGGCCAGCAACCCUUUGCUGGCUCCAUAUCAUGCCUUCCUCUUCUUCCUGCGGCUCCCGUUUCUGAUUUUUGCCUGGGCUGUGUGGCUACUCAUCAUUCAGUGGACGCCGGCAGGAGGACUACUUCGCAAAGCCAAUCUGUGGUGUAUUCUUGGAAUACCCGGAGUCUGGUGGAUUGACAUCAGAGUCGAUGGCGUGCAACGAGGCUCACUGGGAAAGUCCGGUCGCCUACCUGGCCCAGGCACAAUCAUCGCAUCCUCCUAUACCUCACCUCUGGACAUCAUCUACCUGGCUGCCAUCUUUGAUCCAAUCUUCACGCAGAGCUAUGCUGGAGUCCGUGGCGUUCGACCGCUCUCCCUGGAAGGUGCUCUAGCAUCAUGCUUCACCAUGUCUCCAUCGCCAGACAACACUAUUGAGCUUUCCAAACUUGUAGCUCAAAACCCAAGCAGAGUGAUCGUAGUCUUUCCCGAAGGCACAACUAGCAAUGGUCGGGGUGUGCUGCGUCUAUCGCCGUCCCUUCUUUCCGCAUCUGGGAGGACCUCCAUCUUCCCGGUGUCUCUCCGCUACACGCCAGCAGACGUAGUCACUCCCAUUCCGGGAUUCUUCGAAGCCAUCAACUUCCUCUGGAAACUUUGCUCUCGCUCCACACAUUGCAUUCGCGUGCGAAUCGGCAUGCCAACAACUCUGAUCCAGCAAGCAGGCGACUCCGCCGAUUCCUCUUCCGGCAGAGGCCGCAACCCAAAACGAAACAGCUACGACACCAACUUCUUCGACAGUCUACAAUCAUCACCGGCCCAGAAGGUCGGCGAGAACGGAAAAGCGCUAGACUGCGUGACGGAGUCGCUCUCUCGUCUGGGACGUGCAAAGACGCUCGGGCUGGGUGUUGAGGAGAAGGUACAAUUUGUGAACGCAUGGACAGGCAAGGCAUCGAAGAAGACGAAACGAAGGUGA